CAUUGAAAGGGCUCAGUUAAAGAGGGAAAAAGACAAGUGUGGGGAAAAAGGCGCCUCUUUGACGGGCAUUGCAUUGUUGCUUGAGAGUUGAACCCCGACUUUCCUCCUCUCUACCUUUCUUGUUUCUUUCUCACACGCUUCUUAUCCUGCGGAUUUGAGGGGCCUUCGCCUCGUAUUUUAUUUUCCGCUCUGUUGCAACUUUCCUCUCAGUCACUUCCGGAACUCUGAUAGAAAUGCCUCUGCAUCGGUCGUCUUCAGGUGGUGGCGCCGAGGUGCUCGAUCUAGAAACUGCUGUCAAAGGCGGGGUUUUGGACGGCAAAGCUGCGCUGCCUGGUGGUGGCUGCGGCGAUGGUGAUAAAAUAGAUCUGAAGGUGUUGAUUGAAGAGCUUGACUCAGUUGAUGUGCCGUCGGUGUUCAUCUGUCCAAUCUCGUUGGAGCCUAUGCGAGAGCCUGUGACUCUUUGCACGGGUCAGACCUACGACAGAUCCAACAUUCUCAAAUGGUUCGCUCUGGGUCAUAAUACCUGCCCCACGACGAUGCAGGAGCUCUGGGACGAUUCAGUGACGCUGAACAGGACUCUCAGCCAAUUAAUCCAUAGUUGGUUCUCGCAGAAGUACCUCUCAUUGAGGAAGCAGUUCCAGGAUGUGCAAGGAGGAGCUCUGGAGCUCUUAGGGACACUCAAGAAGGUGAAGGGUCAAGCCAGAGUUCAUGCUCUUCGGGAUCUUAGGCAGCUUGUCACCGCCCAUGCGUCCACAAGGAAGAGAGUCGUGGAAAAUGGUGGGCUGUCUUUAAUUUCUUCUUUACUGGGUCCUUUCACUUCCCACGCAGUUGGGUCGGAAGCAAUAGGAAUUCUAGUGAACCUGGAUUUGAAUUCAGAGUCGAAGAGAAAUCUGAUGCAUCCAGCCAAGAUAUCUUUGUUGGUCGAUGUUAUGAACGAAGGAACGAUUGAGACAAAGAUGAACUGUGCAAAAUUGAUUGAAGCAUUGUUGAUGGAAGUGAAUGAGUCGGAGACGGAGAUUUUGUCAAGCCUGAGUCUUUUGGUCGGAUUACUGAGGUUAGUGAGGGAUAAGAAACACCCAACUGGGGUCUUAACUGGACUCAUGUUACUGAAGACAAUCUGUUCCCACGAAUCAGUCAGAAGCUCCAUGGUAAGCCUAGGAGCAGUGGCUCAGUUGAUUGAGCUUCUUCCAAGUUUAAGCCACGAAUGCCUAGAGAUAGCCCUGUACAUUCUAGAGGUAUUGUCAACUCUUCCAGAGGGAAGACUGGCAUUGAAAGAGUGCCCGAACAUCAUACCCAAUGUGGUGAAGUUAAUGAUGAGAGUAUCAGAGAGCAGCACUCAAUUCGCUUUGUCAAUAUUGUGGGCUAUCUACAAGCUUGCCCCUGAAGAAUGUGCAUCACAGGCGGUGGAGGCAGGUUUGGCACCCAAGCUUCUGCUUGUGAUUCAGAGUGGUUGCAACCCAGUGUUGAAGCAGAUGUCUACCGAGUUCUUGAAAAUGUGCAGUCUCAAUUACUCCACUAGCCUCUUGAUUUCUAAAUGUAUGCUCACCAGAACAAUACGAUGAAAGUAUGAGGGCAGCUUGUUCAUAUUCCUUUCCAGUCAUAUUUUCGCUGCUACCCUUGAUAUGUGCAUAUUAAAUUACAUAACUUUUAUACUUAUCAAGCUUCAAAUUUGUUCUUCCGCUUUCCUUUGCAAGUCAUUGUUAAUCUGCGGUAUAUUACUAGUCGAAUUACCUCUAUUUGUUUACAUAAAAAGCUGAUGGGUCGUGAUUCAAAUCAACAAUUUGGCUGCUUCUCAUCCAUAUCGACCAAUUAAUUGGUCCACUCACGAUAUAACGUGUUGUACCUUCGAAAACAAUUCAGUUGGAAGUGGAACUCUGAUAGCACUGUUAAUGACAUGGUGUUCUUCUUC